AUGGACUACUCUAUGAUUCGAGCUAUUGUGGUUUCUUCUCGGGUUGCUGCUUCGCCAAAAGUUAUUAACGUUUAUUGGUGGCCGCCAAUUGACGACUGGAUUAAAGUUAAUACAGACGGUUCGGCCCUUGGGGCCCCGGGCAAGAUUACCGCUGGCGCGUUCUUUCGCGACAAGUGGAGUUGGGUUAGAGGGUGCUUUCACAUUAAAGGUGGUAUUGGCUUUGCCUUCAAAGCUAAAUUACUUGCCAUUAUCACGGCUAUUGGUAUUGCUCAUUCUAGGGGCUGGACUAAACUUUGGGUUGAGGCGGAUUCUAGUUAUGUGGUGUCUUUGCUUGAAACUCAUUCUAAACAGAUCUCUCAUAUUUAUCGGGAGGGUAAUCAGGCUGCGGAUCUUAUGGCCAAUCCUCAGAGACAUGAAGGUUGGUGGCCCUAUGCUAUUGAUGAGAUUAAACAUGCGGUGGCAAUGGACAUGUCGUCGCAUAGUUACAUUUGCUAUAAGUGA